CUAUUCAUAAACAAACUUAAAUUUGACGCAUUACGCUAGAGAGGGGAGAGAAGAGAGAAGAGGAGAGAGAGAGAUGGUAGACGCAGGAGACUCUGCCUGCAAAAAAAUCCCUCGCAUCCUCUCUUCUUUCGUCGACACAUUCGUCGACUUCUCCGUCAGUGGUCUUUUCUUACCCCCUAACUCUAACGCUAACCCUAACCCUAAUUCUUCUGAACCCAACCCAAGUCUCCCCCCAUCCUCAUCUCCACCACAAACCAUACACCCCUCGCCGGAACGUCUUAUCGCCGUCGGCGACCUCCAUGGAGACCUCGACAAAUCGAAGCAAGCCCUCAGACUUGCCGGCCUAAUCGAUGCCUCCGACCGAUGGGCCGGCGGCUCCGCCACCGUCGUCCAAGUCGGCGACGUGCUCGACCGCGGCGGAGACGAGAUCAAGAUCCUCUACUUCCUCGAGAAACUGAAGCGGGAAGCCGAGAGGAGUGGCGGGAAAAUCAUCACCAUGAACGGCAAUCACGAGAUCAUGAAUGUGGACGGCGAUUUUAGGUACGCCACACUCUCGGGUCUGAAUGAAUUUAGGGUUUGGGCCCAUUGGUACCGCAUUGGUAAUUCAAUGAAGAGUCUGUGUGAUGGGUUGGUGAAACCGAGCGACCCCUUUGAUGGGUUGCCUUCGGUUUUUCCAGGUGUUAAGAGUGAAUUUCAUGAUGGUAUUAGGGCUAGAAUUGCUGCAUUGCGUCCUAAUGGUCCUAUUUCUAGUAGAUUUCUUGCUAGAAACUUGACUGUUCUAGUUGUUGGUGAAUCUGUGUUUGUUCAUGGAGGGCUUUUACCAAAACAUGUUCUUUACGGGUUGGACCGGAUUAACGAAGAGGUUAGGGAUUGGAUUUCUGGAUUGAAAGAGAAGGUUUCGUCGCAAUUAGUUAGAGGGAGGAAUUCAGUUGUUUGGUUGAGGAAAUUCUCUGAUGAAUUGCCAAAUAACUGUGAUUGCUCUGCUCUUGAACAUGUCCUUUCCACAAUUCCUGGUGCAAAGAGGAUGAUCAUGGGUCAUACCAUUCAAGAGAAAGGAAUUAAUUCGGUUUGCGAUGAUAAAGCAAUUCGGAUAGAUGUGGGUAUGUCAAAGGGGUGUAUUGAUGGGUUGCCUGAGGUUUUAGAGAUCAAUCGGAGUUCGGAGAUGAGGAUAUUGACAUCGAACCCCUUAUAUCAGAAUAUAUAUGAUCCUACUAGGAAGGAAGGGCUUGGUUUCUUGAUCCCUGAAGGACCUAAACAGGUAGAAGUGAAGGCUUAGGCUUUGAAGAAUUUGAACUCAAUAAGACAUUUUUGUCUUUUUUACUCAAGACUCUCUUUGGAAUAUAAUUAUUUUAUAGGAAUUAAAUUGUCGUCUCAAAAAUUGUAAAUUUUCAUAUUCUAAUCGGUUAGUGAUGUUGGAAUUUUGUCAAUUGAUGGCACUUUGGUUAUAUUCAAGUAGUUCAAUAUAAUUUAGGUGAUUGUUUAUGUUCAAACCAUGAUUCUGAUGACCCCCUCUUAGCAUUUACUCACAGUAAACAAAUUGCUUGUUUGAUGAAUUUUCCACAAUAGUGAAGUCAGGUCUAGUGACCAAAAAGUUGGGUCAUUAAUAAAUGCUUUUAUGUUGUUAUUUUGGAUGAGGAUUUCACUUCACAGAUGGGCCAUAUUAAUAAAUGCUUUCAUGUUGUUAUUCUGGAUGAGCAUUGCUCUUCACAGUUGUUGUGGAGAUAUUGGUGUUAUAUAAUUGUAAUCUGAUAUGCCUUAGUAGUUGCACAAAAUUAUAUAUAUGAAAGGAAGAAUAAUCUGUAUAAUGACAGGGUUUUGCUAAAUGUUGUGAUAAAUUGGCAGUUCAUUUUGAUGGUAAGGUAUGAAGUUUGAUAGUAGCUAGCAGCAAAUUUGUUGGUCCUCAUAUGGUGAGACACAAAGGCCAUUCAUUAGGAAUUAUUGUAAAUGAGCACUUGGUUUCAAAAUUUAGCUGUUCACAAACUCUAUCUCUCUCUCUCUCAUGGGAGUGUGUGUGUGUGUGUGUCUCUCUCUCUCUCUCUGUCAGUCACUCUCUCUCUCUCUCUCGUGAGAGUGUUUCUCUUGCAAAACUAUGGAAAACAUGCUAAGUAUGGAGGCUUUGGGAAAGUUUUCAUUUAGAGGUCUGGACUUUGAAGCUUUGAGUUCCAAGCAUACGGAACCAUUUGAGCAACCAUAUAGUCCAAGUAAGUUAUUUAUCUUUAUGCUUCAAAUUCUAUAUGAUAGAACAUGAGAACACUUACUACAUGUUGAACUAGGUAACUACUUAUCAAAAAAAAAAAAUUGUUGAACCAAGUUACUUAAAAAGUGAAAUUGAUUUUUUUUUUUUUUUUUUCUAGGUUCUAAAUUUUUUUCUCUAGUUUGUGCCAAACCCUAGUAGUCUUGAACUGGAACCUCUGGUUUCUUCAAUUGCAUAAAAAAUUCGAAAGUAAUGUCAUUAUCAGCUUUUACUAAGACAAGGAUUUUGUCCACAUGCCUGGUGCCUGGUCGUCUGGUAGAGUUUCUAAUGAGGUUGAAGUGAAAUUUUUACAAUGAGAAGGCUCUGACUUUGCUGUUAUGAAGAGCUUCUCCAGACACAAUUGCUAUAACUUAGGUUCUAUGGACAUGCUUUACUAAUGGUGUCAAAGUUAUCAAUGGACAGAGUUGGAUGGAUGCUGAAAUUCUAAAUAUACUGAAUUGCUGGUGAAGUUGAGAGGCUAUGGUUAGCCUAGAGUUUUGAUAAUUGAUGGCACUUUUUUUUCUAAUUAUAUGCUAUUAUUAAUAUUAUAAAUAAACUAUGAAGGCCACAAUGCAUGGAUUUUUAUCAACUUGGCUUUUUCAACAAAUCAGCUGUUAUAUUCUUGUCAAUUAGUUUUCCUUGUGGUAAUUCUAGAGUUUUGAAGACUGUACUUCAUUAGUUCUGCAGAAACAUUGAAAUUUACUGCAAUGUGAAUGCUUUUAACAGGGGUUCAAUCGAAGGUUUAGGUUCACUUUUUAAGCUCAUUAGAACCUGCAGAGGUGGUUUCUACAAGAAUCUCUCUUUUUUAUUUUUGCUAGUUCUUUAUGAUUAUCAUGGAAGCUCACAUGAGCUUGAUAUCUGUGUAUUUUGCUGUACAGACUAUCAAAAUUCAGUUUCCAAAAUUAGUUCAUAGAACCACAAGCUUAAAUUUUUUUCAGGUAAUUGCCCGGUGCAUGUGAGACGGGUGGACUGCAUGUGACCGGUGGUGGAUUAUGGGGUGCUUUAAGAGGCCCGACACCACCAUCAACCCCCCCGAAAAAAAAAGGUAAGCCACUCUCCCCCUUGUUUGAGAAAGAUAUGCCACGCAGGCAUGUGGCUAGAGUAAGGCGAAAAAUGUAGGCUCUUGCCAUUAGGUUUUACUGAAUUUUGAACCUAUGCCCCUACUUAUAUGCCUCUACGGAACUUAAACCAUUGACCUUUUACAUUGAAAGUUGAGGAUAUACUACUGUACUAGGCUAGUUCUCUGUAGUUGCAGAAACGCUGUUAGUUUCUCAUUUCAUUACAAAUGAAGGGCAGGUCCUCCAAGUAGAAUUUUCACAUUGCCUGCUUUUUAAAUUAAAAUGAUGUAAAUAUUUUAUAUGUUUGAUAUAAUAAAUGGUAUGUAUCUUCUUCUAAUC